AUGGGAAGGUUCGAGCUCGACCACUUCAAACUCCAGCUCAUUUACCACCAUCUGCUCUCUCGAUCCCUCGUCAUCAAGAUCCUCCUCGUCUCCGCCGCCGUCGCCGCGCUCCCCAUCCUCCCCUCCCUCCGCGAGAUCGACGCCUCCUCCGACGCCUGCGACGGCGCUCCCGUCACCACUGGCGCCUCCCUCCCGGCGCCAAUUUUGGAUGCCGUGAUCCUGGAUCUGAUGGCCCGGAAGUGGCUUUGGCCCGGCGACCGCGCCCUUUGCGUCGGGCGCGGCUCCGGCCCGGCCGCCGCCGCCGCGGCAAUGCGGAAGAUGGGGGUCAACGCGGCGGUGGAGGCGAUGGAGGGGUGCGGCGGGCUGCCGUUCAGGCGGGUGGCGUUCGACUUCGUGUUCUCCUCCGGGCUGGACCGGGCCGGGGCGCCGGCAAAGGUGGUGCUGGAGAUGGAGCGGGUGCUGCGGCCGGGGCGGGUCGGGGCGAUGGUGGUGAGCCGGGCGCGGCGCGGGGGAGCGGUGAGGGCGGCGGCGCCAGUGGCGGCGCUGCUGAGGGCAUCGGAGGUGGUGGCGGUGCGGGCGCUGAACGGAACCUCGUCGGUGGCGGUCGUGGUGUUCAAGAAACGAAGAGGACUUCGGAGCUCGGUGUGA